AUGUCUCACCUUCACCAUUUCAAAGUUCUGGCUACUCAUUUUGAGUGCAAUUCGGCAUGGCGCUCUGAGCUUAUGGACCCUGACCUUGACCUCAAAACUCCGUCUUCUUCACACGUUGUUCAGUUCCUCACCCACUCAUUCCCCAACCUGCGCACCUGCACCUCUCUCUCUAAUUUCAAAUCUUGGUUCCAUAGGUUCAAGUGUGACUAUCCUCUUACUCACGCUGCUCUUAUCGAAGCUGCUGUAUUCCGCAACCACCGAAAUCGCGCCAAGAUGGUUGACCAUGAACCUAUAUGGGCUGUCUGGUAUGAUCAUCUCCGAAGUGCCAAGCAAUCUGAUGUCCGCAUUGGUCGGAAACCCAUGAUGCGCGUUGCAUCAUCCCUUCUUCAGCAUGAUUUGGACCCAAACGAAAGUGCUCGGUUUGUUGAUAAAGAGGAUGGUACCCCUGUUAUGAUGGCUAUCUGCGAUUUCUGUUCCCUUGUCGAAAUUGUGAACUGGGUUAAUGACAUUGUCCUCCGCAAUGUGGCUUGCCAGCACAAUGUCAGGAAGGAGGAUGCUGGGUGCAUCGUCAUAUGUGGCUGGUCUGCAGGUUCCAGAUCCAAACCUGCUUUUGAUUUUGUUCGUAACUUCUUGUCUUCCAAAUCUGAGGAUGAGAAGCAUUCCCUUUGUUAUGAGGCUGCCUCUGUGUUCGCCCUUUUCUGGAACAUGAUCUGUGCCUUGGGUCCCGAGGAGGUUCUCUCCGAUAUCGAAAACUUUCUAUCCACCACUAACAUCUAUGGUAUGGAUGCGAAUGUCCAUGCUGGUGGUCCCGAAAACAUGUACACCGUUCCUAUCAUGUUCCGCAAUGCUCGCAUGGCUCCUCCUUCUGGUGUUUUUGCCCACAAUUACGCUUGGUAA